AUGUUUUUCUCCUUCUUACAGGAAUUAGAAUUGAGGAAAGAAUGGUUAGGUUCGGUGCCAAAACUGCAAAUUUGGACUUGUUCCACCCAAGCUGGCAGACUUUAUCAAAAUCGGCCGAUCACGCCUUCUCACUAAAAGAACUUCGCACUGAUGACCGCCGACUCCACCAGCGCCCCGGUCCCCUCAACUUACCCGUGGAACGGACCCUACCCGACCCCCUCAGCGAACGCAGAUAUUCCACCCACCUUGCUGAGCUCGAGCAUCUUCGCCGAUCCACGAUCCACCACCCGGAUGUCUCCCGGGUGGAACCAAACGGAUUUCAUCCACCCUCAGUUGUAGAACGGCUAUUAGGUGAUGGUUCUGCCCCUGCCAGAGGCAACUCCGUGGUCGUCUUCCUGGACAGGAAGAACCCAAAAGGAAACAGCUUGCAGUUGGGUUCCUUGACCGAUCGCAUGGAUCGUCCUCGACUCUUGGCACCGUCUCAUGAUCUACUUAAAGCUCAUCACCUAGCGACCAUUGACCAAAAUGUCAGCCGCACAAGGUUAAAACCAAUUCCACAAGAACUACCACCUGUUUCGCAACACAGCAUGACCGGUUCCGACAGAUGUAGUUUACCUGUCAUCCCUGAAACCCAGCAUCUUGACUAUCCAUCUCUCGACUCACGGUACCCGGUUGACCAACGACUACCAACUCUCGACUCGCGGUUACCCGUCAUGCUUCCAUCCUACCAAGGAAUCACAGACGUUCGGAUUCCGAACCCUCGUCUUGCAGAUCCCCGCUACCCUCCAGUUACCACUCAUUUGUUCCCCCCCACUCACAACAUGGCCUACCCAUCGAACAGUUCAAAUUUGUCCAUUCUUGAAGAGAGCCGUGCCAUUUCCACGCUGGCACUGCCCCCUACACACACUAACUAUCCAAUCAUUUCCCAUCGAGAGCUCUUUAAUUCCAUGGCCCCAACGAACACCAUAGCGUCCCCUUACCUCAGUAGCACGUCAUUUCUUUAUCCCCACCUCUACAGUUCCGCGCCACAGUACCAGAGCAGUUUCUACAUGCCGUCAAGCGAUGUACGAAAUUUUGACCUCUUAAGCCAAAGACCAGAAGUUCCGACCAGGAUUGAACGACCGGCUUUAUUAGCAUCGCCGGGUCGUCAACCGGCCGACACUGCUCCAUUAGUUGCUAAUAAAACGUUGAACAAGGAAGACAACUCAAAUGACAUCGAAAUGCGAAUCAGCCAACCAGAACAGUCUACCGAUGUGUUGAUGCGUGAAGAUCUUCGUGGUAGUACAUCGGAACAUGUCAGUCCACCCCCAGCACGACCAUCACAGAGUACCGACUCUUCUGACAAUGCAAUAUCAGUUUGGAGGCCUUACUAAACUAUUUGGUAAUUCUUACAAAUCUAAAAGUAUAUGUAAAGAGGCCUUAUAUAGAUAUAUGUGUGUAUGUAUGACUAUACAUAUGUAUAUAUAUAUAUAAUUUAAUGUUAUCUGGGUAAUAUGUAUACUAAUACACACGCAUAUACUCAGAGUAAAAAGAGUGAGAGACAGAAGCAGCAGAUAAAAUAAAUUUAUGUCCCAUUUGUGGUACUUGGGUACCUCUACAAGAAUCACAAGAAAGAAAAGAAACACUCCUUAAUACAGAGUGUUUCAAGAUAUAUGACAGCAUAAAACAAAUCCUACCGUUGGGUGUCUCCUGGGGAAAUGUGUCUCCUGGGACAGUCUUCUUUUUAGAACAUAUCUCUUCAGCGAUUACCGAGAUAUGAGAUUCACUCAAUUUUGGCUGCUGCUUUUGGAAGGAUUGCUCUGGCUCAUUUCCAUCAGGAUGGUCACAUAAGGACUUACUUAUGAAACUUCAACAACUGAAGUUCCUUCUACACAAAGAUGAGUUUCAGAUUAUCUCCAGAGGCCAUUAUGACUGCAUAAACGAAACUCCACUCUCUGCUCUAAAAUGCCUUUCUGCCAAUCCAGAGGAAGUAUUUAUCAUCGCCCCAGGAUCCACUGCUGACAAUGGAGACUCUUAAACACUGCCCUUCUCGGCCUUGCUAAAAGCACAUGGCCCCAGGAUGUUGUUGUCAUCACUGGGGAACUUGUGAAAUAGACUCUUUUAAAAAUAUCCUCGGAGGCUGUGAUAAAGAAAAAAAGCAAGUAACAAAGGAAGCAUAAAUAAAACUAGGGAUGAGCCUCUUUCUCCUCGUUAUUAAGGUCCUGUUGAAGGAAAAAAGGAAACCUUUUAUCAGUGAAAUGCUAGAAGCCCUCUCGAAGCAAAAAAAAUAAAUAAAUAAAACUUCUGUGAACAGGGCCUCUUGGAAAGGGGUCUACGAUAAAUAAAUAAAAAAGACCCUCUUCCUUAACAAAAAUUGAACAGGGCCUCUUGGAAAGGGGUCUAUGAUAAAUAAAUAAAAAGACCCUCUUCCUUAACAAAAAUUGAACAGGGUCUCUUGGAAAGGGGUCUAUGAUAAAUAAAUAAAAAGACCCUCUCCUUUAACAAAAACUGAGCAACGUCCAUUUGGAGAAAAAAAAAUCAACCAACUGAAUCAUUUCCAACAAUGGAAAAUCCUUUUUUUUUUUUGUUCUUCUGAGUGCCUUACAAAAAAGCAAAGACAUACCCUGCCACCCAUCACCCACUCUCCCACCAUCGCCAGUCUCCACUUCUGUCACAGGUGGACCUGUUAGCUUGGUUUUAUUGUAACUUAGCAACUGCAUCUCUUUGUACUACAUACACAUGUUUUUUUUUUUACAACACACACACAUACACACAUACACACAAACACACA